CGCCAUUACUAAGCGCCUCUCAGUCCGUGUUGAAUACACGCAGACAUUGUCAUCAAAACCUGUGAUAGCAGCAUGGAGAUAAAAGAAGAAAAUGAUGAAGUUUAUUUAAUAGACCAGUUUCUAGAAGUGCACAAAAAAGCAGAAGAAGAAAAUGUAAAAGAAGACAUAAAAGUAAAUGGAGAAAAUAGUCCAGUAAAACCUGGAGAGGAGUUUGUGGAGAAACACAGUGAACGUGAUGAUGGUCACAGCCUGGAAUGCGAGGAAAGACCUUACGAAUACCUCAUACAAAGUUCUCAUCUGGAAUCUCAUCAGAGAAUUCACAGUAAAGAAACGCCUAACUCUUGUUCUUAUUGUGGAAGGAAUUUUAGAGACAAAGACAGCCUAGAAACACACCUGAGAGUUCAUACAGGAGAGAAGCGGUAUUCCUGUUCGUACUGUGAAAAGACAUUUUCUCAAACAACCCACCUGCGAAACCACCUGAGAACUCAUACUGGAGAAAAACCUUACGGCUGCUCAGAAUGUGGGAAGAGUUUUGCACUCUUAGGAAACCUAAAAACUCACCAGAGGAUCCAUACUGGAGAAAAGCCUUAUCUGUGCUUGGACUGUGGGAGAAAUUUUACAACAGCAAAAGCUUUAAGAAACCAUCAGCAGACUCACACUGGAGAAAGAUCUGGUCAGAAUGGAAUGAGGUUUUCCUACGGCAACCAGUGGACUCACACCGGAGAACAACUCAGUCAGUUAUUUCCUGACGUUCUGAUGAAUUCUGAAGAGAAAAAUGAUCAGCAGAAACAAAACGUCAAUAAAGAGCGACAGGAUUACGUCCCAUGUGAAGAAAAUGCCUUUCACCAGCAAACUCCUGCUGUAAAAGCACCGCACUCGUGUUCUUAUUGUGGGAAGAAUUUUAAAUUCAAACAAAACUUGAUCAAACAUCUGAGGGUUCAUACAGGAGAAAAACCGUACUGCUGUUCGUUCUGUGGGAAGAGCUUUACCCAAAUGGUCAACCUGCAAAACCAUCUCAGGACUCAUACUGGAGAAAAACCCUAUCACUGCUCAGAAUGUGGGAAGAGUUUUGCACAUGCUGGAAACUUAAAAACCCACCGUAGAGUUCAUACUGGAGAAAAACCUUACUUCUGCUCGGACUGUGGGAGGAAUUUUACAACAUCAAGAGGUUUGAAAGGCCACCAGCAGAUUCACACUGGAGAAAAACCCAAUCACUGCGUGUUCACAGAAGUCCUGAUAAAGUCUGAAGAAGAAUGUGAAGAAGAGCAGAAUGAAUGUGAUGGUCAGCACAACCAGGAUGACUAUAAAAGACCACACCCAUGUCUCCUCUGUGGGAAGCGUUUCUCCAGAACUUCUCAUCUGAAAAGUCACCAGAGAAUUCACACUGGAGAGAAACCUUACUCCUGUACUGUCUGUGGGAAGACUUUUAGACACAGCCAGAACCUAAAAAAGCAUCAGAGGGUUCAUACAGGAGAGAAACCAUAUUCCUGUCCAUACUGUGAGAAAAGCUUUACCCAAACGAUCAGCCUGCAAAACCACCUGAGAACUCAUACUGGAGAAAAACCUUACAGCUGCUCAGAAUGUGGGAAGAGUUUUGCACAUGCUGGGAACUUAAAAACUCACCGUAGAGUUCAUACUGGAGAAAACCCUUACUUCUGCUCGGACUGUGGGAGGAAUUUUACAACAGCAAAAGCUUUAAGAAACCACCAGCAGACUCACACUGGAGAAAAACCUAACCACUGCGUGUUCACAGAAGUCCUGAUAAAGUCUGAGGAAGAGCAGAAUGAAUGUGAUGGUCAGCACAACCAGGAUGACUAUAAAAGACCACACCCAUGUCUCCUCUGUGGGAAGCGUUUCUCCACCACUUCUCAUCUGAAAAGUCACCAGAGAAUUCACACUGGAGAGAAACCUUACUCCUGUACUGUCUGUGGGAAGACUUUUAGACACAGCCAGAACCUAAAAAAGCAUCAGAGGGUUCAUACGGGAGAGAAACCGUAUUCCUGUCCAUACUGUGAGAAAAGCUUUACCCAAACGAUCAGCCUGCAAAACCACCUGAGAACUCAUACUGGAGAAAAACCUUACAGCUGCUCAGAAUGUGGGAAGAGUUUUGCACAUGCUGGGAACUUAAAAACCCACCGUAGAGUUCAUACUGGACAAAAACCUUACUUCUGCUCGGACUGUGGGAGGAAUUUUACAACAGCAAAAGCUUUAAGAAAUCACCAGCAGACUCACACUGGAGAAAAACCUAACCACUGCGUGUUCACAGAAGUCCUGAUAAAGUCUGAGGAAGAGCAGAAUGAAUGUGAUGGUCAGCACAACCAGGAUGACUAUAAAAGACCACACCCAUGUCUCCUCUGUGGGAAGUGUUUCUCGACCACUUCUCAUCUGAAAAGUCACCAGAGAAUUCACACUGGAGAGAAACCUUACUCCUGUACUGUCUGUGGGAAGACUUUUAGGCACAGCCAGAACCUAAAAAAGCAUCAGAGGGUUCAUACAGGAGAGAAACCGUAUUCCUGUCCAUACUGUGAGAAAAGCUUUACCCAAACGAUCAGCCUGCAAAACCACCUGAGAACUCAUACUGGAGAAAAACCUUACAGCUGCUCAGAAUGUGGGAAGAGUUUUGCACAUGCUGGGAACUUAAAAACCCACCGUAGAGUUCAUACUGGACAAAAACCUUACUUCUGCUCGGACUGUGGGAGGAAUUUUACAACAGCAAAAGCUUUAAGAAACCACCAGCAGACUCACACUGGAGAAAGAUCUGGUCAGAAUGGUUUGUCUGAAGACUUUCAGGCUAAUGUUAAGACCUAGGAUUUAGAUUUAAAGCAUUUUCUUUGUUUUUAAAUUGCAACAUGGUCAAACACAGUCCUAAAGCCAGAUACUGACCCAAAACUUUCUUUACAAUCCACCACAAACUACAUUCUACAAGUGUGAUACUAGUAUUAAUUUUAUUUUAUAAAUAAAUGAAAUUGUUUAUAAA